UCCCAGCCUCCGGCCCACCGGCGGACUCAGGGAGGGAGGGAGGGAGGCUGAUGUUUCGCUUCCGUUCAGUGGCAGCGAACAGGAACUCGGAGACACGGCCCGGGAGAGAAAGUCAGAUAGUGAUAGAGAUUCAGAGAUUCAGAGAGAGAGGUGAAUGAGAGUAGCAGAGAGAAACACGGAGUCAGAGAGAGAGUUAGUCAGUCAGAGAGAGAGCCAGAGGUAGAGUCACAGACAGAGAGAGUCAGAGAGGUAGAGUGUGAGAGACACGGAGAGCAAGGGGAGAGAGAGUAUAGUCAAAGAAAGGGAGAGAGAGAAAGUGUGGCAGAGAGAGGGAGAGGGAGAGGGAGUCAGUGAGAGGGAAGCAAACAGAGAGAGGCAGACAGACAGACAGAGAGAGAGAGAGAGAGAGAGAGAGAGAGAGAGAGAGAGAGAGAAUCAGUCCGAGCAAGAGAGUGUGGGGGGAGUAGGGUAAAGUCAGAGUGAGUGGGGAAGAGGGAGUUGAGGCAGGGAGGGGGGAAUAGGUGGGGAUGAGAGAGGGGCAGUGUGGCAUCAUGGAGAGAGGGAGGAGAGGGCUAGGCAUAUGUUGAGAAGCACACAGCGGGUCGGGCCACAUCUGGGCAGAGAGAACCAGUGGAAGUUUUGGUUCAUGAAAUGAGAGUGUGGAAUGGCAAAACGGAGGGAGGGUGGGAUUUUGGACAGGGGUGGGCUGCUGGAGGAGCUGACCAUGGACGGAUUGAAUGGUGACGUUUCGGGGUGUCAUUCAAGCCGGUAACCGGGAUAAAGCUAGCGAUCGGUAGCAGUGCCAGAAUGCCUCGUGUCCUAUUGAUCUUCAUGCUGAUGUUAUCGGCUGGCAUUGACUGGAAUGCAAUCAAUGGUGAAGCUGGUGAAUGCACGGACUGGGGAGUGGACAUCAGCGGAGCGGUGAAGGGCUUUGACGGGGAGCCGGCGAGGCUGAGAUGUCCUCUUGUCAAGUCAAACUACAGCCUGGGCCGUGGAUCGGCCCUAACGCUGUCAUGGUACAAAACCGGACCGGGCGACGACCGGCAAGAGUCGGCAGACUUUCACCAGAACAACCAGCGGGUGUCAGAAGAGGCGGAGAGGCUGUGGUUUUGGCCAGCCUUUGCCAACGACUCCGGAAACUACGCUUGCAUGUUGAGGAACGCCACACGUUGUCUCAAGGUCUCCGUGUCACUACUCGUUAUCGAGAAGAAACGGGGCAAAUGUGUCAACAACGAGGAGAUGGUCUUCCCCGUGGAUCUCGCUCUCGGUGAGAUGAGGAACUUCACAUGCCCAGACACCAGCGGCUUCUCACGAGCAAUAGCCAGCCCAUCAACUGCUUGGUACAAGGGCUGCGACAAAAUUAGGAGUGGCGGCUCUCCGAUAGAUGUUAUUGAGGGAAGGCUGACGUUCAACAUCGUCAGACAACAUUGUGCAGGGAGCUACACUUGCGUCGUGAAUGUGGCUCGAAGAGGCCAGAAUUUCACCCUGACCAGGACCUUCCAUGUCACCAUCAUAGCGAACCAACUGACGCCAAGCCCACCGGUUUUGGUGCAGCCCAAAGCAGACCUCCAGGUGGAAGUGGAAUAUGGUCAACAAGUUAAUAUAACCUGCAAGGCAUUCUUCCACUAUAUCAUUGGGUCCAACACAAGUGUUUGGUGGUUCAUCGAUGGGAGACGUGCUCAGGAAUUUGGCCCAACAAUCCAAGUGUUUAGCAGUGAAGAACGGAUGGUUCUCAAGGACAAGAAGAUCACAAGUGUGCUGAGUAUCAGAGCCGUCUCUGCCGCUGACAUCCACAGGAAUUACAGCUGCUCGGCCCAAAACAGCAAAGGACUGAGCACUGCCCGGGUGUUUUUGGUGAAGAAAGCUUCUGGUUAUGCCGUUGAGCUUGGCAGUGGGUUGGGAGUUACACUGCUCAUAGUUCUCACGUCUGUCACCGUGUACUACGUAUGGAGGUUUGAGAUCAUUCUCUUCUACCGGCUUCACUUUGGGUCGGAUGAGACCCUCGGAGAUGGGAAGGAGUACGAUGCCUAUGUGUCGUACGCGAGGACUGCCGAAGAGGAAGAGUUUGUGCUGACGACGCUUCGAUCCGUACUGGAGAAUGAGUACGGAUACAAAGUCUGUAUCUUUGACCGGGACAGCUUACCUGGUGGAGUCAUCACAGAUGAGACGCUGUCGUGCAUCUGGAAGAGCCGCCGGCUGGUGGUGGUGCUGAGCCCCAACUACAUGGUCCACGGCACCCAGGCUCUGCUGGAGCUGAAGGUGGGCACGGAACGCAUGGCGAGCAGCGGGCAAUUCCGGGUCAUCCUGGUGGAGUUGCGGCCGGUGAGGAAGGCCGGCCGAGUGGCCGAGCUCAAGCGGCUGAAGGCUGUAAUGACCACCAUCAAGUGGAAGGGUGAGAAGUCUCGGGAUCUCAGGAGCCACUUCUGGAAGCAGCUCAGAGUCUCGCUGCCCACCAGAGGGCAAGGCCAGAUGACCAGGCCACCCAACACCAGGCUGGUCUAUAGACAACUUGACUUAGACCGGCCCAGCCCUGAGGCUUCACACAAUCGGUCAGAUGCCAACAACCAUGUCAGCACCCAUGAAGAACCUGGCAACCUGGUGGUUACUCCUGUGGAGUCCAGGGUAGCUGAACCCCCAAUACUCUGCUGAACAUUAGCCCCAUCUCUAUCAGUCUGGAGAAGUGUCCCGAUCGGAAACGUCGCCUCCCCGUGUUCUCCCGAGAUGCUGCCUGAGCCGCUGAGUUUUCUUUAGUUUUAGUUCAGAGAUGCAGCGUGGAAAUAGGCCCUUCAGCCCACCGAGUCCAU